AUGAGUGUAGUUGUAGCUGUCAGAGUAAGACCAUUUAAUACGAGAGAAAUAGGACUCAAUUCAUAACUUUGUAUUGACAUGGAUGGAACUCGUACAAGUUUAUUGGAUUUGAACGAUCCUAAAAAAAACAAAGAUUUCUUCUUUGAUUAUUCCUUCUGGAGUCAUGAUGGAUUCGAGUUAAACGAAGAAGGACUAGCUAUCCCUGUUUCAGAUAGAUAUGCCGACUAAAGAGCUGUUUAUAAUUAAGUAGGUUAAUAGAUAUUAGAUAAUGCAUGGUUAGGUUAUCAUUGUUGUUUAUUUGCUUAUGGCUAAACAGGAGCUGGUAAAAGUUAUUCUAUGGUUGGAUAUGGAGCUAACAAAGGUAUUGUCCCUAUUGCUUGUUAGGAAAUUUUUGAAAGAAUAAAGUUAAAUGACAAUCCUCAUUUAGAAUAAGAAGUUAGCUGUUCUAUGCUAGAAAUUUACAACGAAACUGUUUAAGAUUUAUUGAUUCCAGUAACUAAGAGGCCAACAGGUGGUCUCAAGAUUAGACAGCAUUAGUCAUUAGGAUUUUAUGUUGAUGGUAUGUCAAAACAUCCAGUAGAAAGUUAUAAUGACAUUGAAAAAAUUAUGGACACAGGUACUUAAAAUAGAACUGUUGCCUCAACUCAAAUGAAUGCUUGUUCUUCCCGUGCUCACACUAUUAUUAUUAUUUAAUUCAAGUAAACUGAAGAAAAAGGUGAUAGAAAGUAUGAGAAAUUAUCAAUUAUUAAUUUAGUUGAUUUAGCUGGUUCUGAAAAGGUUGCCAAAACUGGUGCAACAGACAAAAGAUUAAAAGAAGCUACUAAUAUCAACCUUUCAUUGACUACUCUUGGUAAAGUCAUUUAAGCUUUAGCAGAUAAAGAAAUGGGUAAAAAUAAGAAUUAAGUUAUUCCUUAUAGAGAAAGUUGUUUGACUAAAAUUUUAUGUAACGCUUUGGGUGGUAACUCUAAAACUCUUAUGAUUUGUGCAGUUUCUCCUUCAAAUGAUAAUUAUGAAGAAACCUUAUCUACUUUAAGAUAUGCAGAUCAAGCUAAAAAGAUCAAAAAUAAAGCUACUGUUAAUGAAAGUGCUACAGACAAAUUAAUCAGAGAACUGACUGAAGAAAAUGAAAAACUUAAAUUGUUUAUGCAAAAGUUUUAGGAUUAAUUUGGAAUCAAUUUGAAUAAUUUGGAUAUGAAGAACAUAGAAAACUUAGAUCCUUAAGUUUACAAUAUUUAAGAAGUUAAAGAAAAAAAGGAAGAAUUUGAAGCUAACUAGCACCUUCUCGAAGAUACUACAAAAACUAAAUAGCAAAGACAUAUUGAAAACAAGUAAUUAGAAGAGGAAUCAGAAUAAAAUAAAAUAGAUCUCUCCAAACCACAUUUAGUAAACGUCCACGAAGAUCCAUAACUACACAAUAAGAUCUAAUACAGUUUAGAUAAGGAUGUUAUAAUUAUAGGUAGUAAACACUCACAACCUAAACCUGAUAUAAUUGUAGGUUUAACAAGAAAUAACGUUGCUAAAAUUAUUCAUAGUGAAGACCAUAAAUAAUUAUUUAUAGAAUAAUAUUCAGACUAGUAUGAUUGUAAUAUUUUGGUAAAUGGUGUUCCAGUUAAAGAAAAGACAGAAUUAUUCCAUUUAGAUAGAAUCAUUAUAAGCACUACAAGUAUGUUUACUCUUAUCUUUAAGGACUCAUAACCUCGCAAUGACCAGCUAACUUUUGAAUAGAUUGAUUAUGACUUUGUUCAGGAUGAAAUGAACACCUACAUGGAAUUAGAAAAUAAAACUCGUAUUCAAGAAUUUGAAGAAAAGUAGCAUGAGAAAGAAAUUGAAACCUAAAAAUAAACCAUCGAAUAACAAAAAUAAUGGGAAGAUUAAAAAAUUUAAUUAGAAAACUAAAUCAAAGAAUUGCAAGAGAAAAAUAAAAAGCAAGAAAAUAAUAAAAAGUUCAAAGAUAAAAAUUAUUUGGAGCAUAAAUUACAGAAAUUCCUUCCAAAAGUUCUUGAAAUUAACUUGAUUGCAAAGGAAUUAAAAAGGAAUAUCUCUUUGCAAGCUAAAAUUUGUUAGCUUUAUUCUGAUGAAGAUGAAGAAGAACCUAAUGCUAACUCAAUCAAUAAUAAAUCAAAAAUUUAAAUCUAAGUUGACAAUAGAGAAUUAGGCUAGGUGUUUAUAUGGGACUAAGCAAAAUUCAAUGAAAGAUAUUAUCAAAUUAAAGAGUAACUUGAAAAAUACUUUGAAACUAAUCAGAUUCCAUCACUUGAUAAUUCAGAAGAUCCAUUUUAUGAUCCUCCUGAGCCUCAUUUGAUAGGAAAUGGUUAUUUUAAGCUUCUAUAUUUAGCUUAUUUUAUGGACUCAUAAAUUGAAUUGUCUUUAGUAGGAGAAAAUGGAUAAUGUGGCUCUUUAUAGGUUGGCGUGAUUCCAUGUGAUGAAACAGGUGAAAAAAAUCUAGCUAAGGAAAUGGAAGAAGAAGAGGGUUCUGAUGUUAUAGAAGAUCCAAAGUAAUUACUUGGUAAAGAAAUGUAUGUUAAAAUUACAAUUUCAAGUGCUGUUUUACCAGAUAACUUCUGCAGAGAUACUUUUGUUGAAUAUAACCUUAUGGAUUAAGAUGGAAAAAUGCAAACAUAUAGAACAGAAAGAAUUGUAGGCAAAAACCCUCGCCCUAAUUACACAUUCUAAAAAAUUCACUAUUAUUCUUCUAUUUCUGAAGAACAUCUCGACUAUUUCUAAAACAAAAAUUUGAUAUUCAAAGUUCUUGGUUUAGAAGAAAUCAAGGGAGAAUAAAAUAAAAUGCAAGCUUAAAUACCUGUUGAAGAGGAAAUAGAAUAUGCUAAUAUAAAAAAUCAUUAAAAGAAAUAAAACUAAUAAUAGCAAGCACAAGUAUAAAAUACAAAUUCAUCAUAAGGCUCACUAUCUACUAAUUCUUCUGUUGAUUAAUCAAGAACCAAUAAUUAAAUAGUAUUCUAAUAGAGCUUCGAUCCAACCUUUGAAGUAUAAGAAAAAAAUAAAAGAUCAAACACAAUGGCUUAGCCUGCUUCUUAAAAGGUUGUUUAAUAAAAUACCUCAUCUAGAGAUGAUAUGACAGCUUAGGCAGCAUCUAAAGGAAAAGGGAAAAAAGGAACCAAAGAUGAAUGCAAUAUAUUCUGA